AGUCCUUGCUCUGGCUCGAGGGCUGGUGAUUUGUCGGCGGCAGCCCUCGCCACCGCCAUCGCCGAGGCCCCCGCCGCCAGAUUAUUAUAUAUCCAGCCUGCGGGGUCGGCCGGCCUGCCGGGGACCAUGAUGAUGCGCCGGGGAAUGUUCGCCGAGCCCGACGACGGCGCCUGGGCGGCUCGGCGCCGGGGGAUGUUCGCCGAGCCGGAGGAGGACGACGCGGACCCUGCGCCGAUGCGCCGGGGGAUGUUCUCGGAACCCCGGAAGGUGCCGCUGCCACAAGACGAGCUCUACCAGUACAGGGUGAAGAACACGUUCAUCGACUCCUUCGAGGACGAGGAGGAGGAGACGCCCAUGGAGUUCGGCAUGAAGAGCUGCCCAGCAGGCAUCUGGAAGAACGCUUUCAUUGCCCAGCCGCAGCAGCCCUUUGUCAAGGCACCCAUGAAGGCCAGAUUCGGCGUGGACCUCAGCCUGGAGAUGGCCAGGCAGUUCGAGGCGUACAUGAGGGCGUCCGCGGUGUUCUCCGCGCUGCGGCUGCGGUUCUCGCCCGCCCUCGAGGUUGAGUCCGAGCUGUGGAUGGAGGCCUCCGGAAGAUACGUCGAGGCGGAGCUCACGAACGCCGCGAGGAAGCGCUUCCUGGAGACCCUCGCUGGGGGGCAGAGGAGCCGCCCGGCGGGGCCGCGUGGCAGCGAGGUGCCCGUCGGCCGCGGAAGCCACCGCGGCCGGCGCGCCCGAGCCGGCGGCGGACGGGGACGGCGGCUCUACGGAGGCAGCCCCCGCGGACGCCGCGCGGCCCCGCGGCCGGCCUGGCCGCAGGCGCGAGCGGCAGCCCGCGGCGAGGGAGCCCGAGACGAAGGUGGCCAAAUUAGUGCGGCGGUGCAGGGAGAAGGGCGAGGACCGGCCUCUGCUCGGCGGCGUCUUCAGCGCCGCGGGCGCGGGCGCUCUUCGGCGGCAGCCGCGGCGGGAGGC